AUGGGACUGCUCACUGCUAAAGGAGAUAUUAAUGAUUUCUCAAGAAAUGGAAAGAAAUCAAUCUACAUCGUGGUCGAGCUAGAUGACAUGGAGGGACAUGACAAGAUCAGGUGCACCCUAUGGGAGGAAUUUGUUACAAAAUUGGUCAAACAUAUUGAGAAACAGAAAACCUCUGAGUAUAUUAUCAUUAUGCAGUUUGCAAAAUUCAACAUGUUCAAAGGGACUUUGGGUAUAUCAAAUACCAAUUAUAAUUCCAUUCUUUAUAUCAAUCUUGACUUUCAAGAGGUUAAGGAUUUCAGAAAAAGAAUUAUAAUGUUCGGAGUCCCUUUUUCAAAUCAGUUGAGCAAAAUUGCUGCAGAUCCUGCCUACAAUCUUGAAGAUGAUCUCCUUAACCAAUCCACAUAUAAGCCUAUAUGCGAGCUGAAAGAGUUAUUUGAGGAUGGUUCAUUUGUUACUAUUGGAACUAUUGUUGCCCUCGAUUCAAAUAAUGGUUGGUGGUAUAAGGGAUGUAAACAAUGUUUUCAUUCACUAAAAGAAGCUGAUAAUUCUUAUCAUUGUACUAUUUGUGAUACUUUUCCAACCUCUCAUACUCCAAGGUAUAGCAUUAAUUUAAGGGUUGCCGAUGACACGAACACAACAUCAUUUAUUAUAUAUGACAAGGAAGCAACUAAAUUCUUUGGAUCUACUGCUUCUGAACUUAGGCUUGCUCAGUUAACCAGGGGUGGGAUAAAUGAGAAAUAUCCCAUUGAGUUGGACUCCUUUAAGAAUAAGAAGUUCUUAUUCAAGGUUUCUGUUAAGAUUGAAGAUAUUAAUUCCUUCCAACCAUGCAAGAUAAUAGUCAUAAAGAUAUGUGGAGAGAUUUCUAUUAUUUUUGCCUUUGUGGACAAGUAUAACAUAUACGAUAAAAACCUUGGUUCUGAGAAUUCUGAACUUAUGAGCAUCCAAACUGGUUCAACUUAUACUAUUAAGGGAUCUUCUUCUUCAUCUGCAGAGAUUUUGGGUGAUGAUAAUAAUGACUCAUUCACAACACCAAAGAACGGAUUAAUUCCUACUGGAUUGUCAGAAAAGUUGAUUGAUCUGUAUCCUGCUAAUGUCUCAUCAUCCAAGUGUAGAAAAGUUAUUAUUGAUGAAGAGGGAAUGGUUGAAAAACUUCAUGAAGAUUAG